AUGAAUGCUGAGAUGCAACAUCCUGGAUCGCAAGAGUCUAGAAAUGGUGGUAUGAUAGGUCUCGAUUGGUGUGAAGUAAUCCAUCUACAAAGAACUUCCCUGACAAAGAAACUGAAGAACAAUCCUCGAACAUCCACACCUCUAUCAUCACAACAAACCAGAACAAACCAUUCCCUAUCCCAAUAUAACCCCUUCUAUCUCCCAUCUAAAACUGCCUCCCCAUCUCCAAAAUUCUCCCCAAAAACCACAUACCAUGAAAUCCCAACAUCAGGACCAGGUACCAGUUCUCCGGCCCGUCUUUUGGAGUAUCAAACUGAACUUUCACUCCUCCACCCAAAUGGCGGAAUGAAAUCACCCAACACAUUUCUUCUUCACCCAAGAAAUGUAUUGGAGGUAGAUAAACGAGAUCGAGAGAAGGGAUGUAGUGGAGAAAUCGCAGCGAGGUUGUUGGGAAACUGA